UUAAAGAAGUGUCAUGGCCGCUGUGUCCUUGCUCCCUCUUUCUGCCGCUUCUGGCAUCCCGUCUUGUCUCCCCACGGAGCAGUACGAGGAACUAUACGGCGCGGAUAUUAUAAUUGGAAGCCUGGGGAACACCCAAGAUAUGCCUUUGGAAGACACAUCACUUGAGACUGAAAGAGCUGAAGUUUUCUUGACAGUCUCAACAGAGGGUCAAGAAACAGCUGGUACUUCACGUGUUGCCUCUAUCGAGUCUCAGGUGUCAGGCAUUAAAGAAGAUCAACACAUUUGUGCCACAUGCAUGGCUGCGUUCAACAAGCCUUACAUAUUGAAGUAUCACUUGCAAACCCAUAUUAAACAGUUUCCAUAUGUCUGUCGUAUCUGCCAAAGUGGGCGUUCUAGAGGUGAGCAGUUAAGUAGGCACUGCAGGAAGGAGCAUCCGAGCUACAAAAAUUGCAAACGUUGCUGGCAGAGUUUUCCUGAAGCCAAGUUCCCCGACCAUGUCUGUAUUGAAAAACGCCCAUAUGUUUGUCAGAACUGUGGUUCUGGUUUUGGGCGACUAUCUAGUUUAAAUGAUCAUAGCAAAUCUUGCAAUGAUUAUUCUUCUUGCAGCACGUCACUCAGAGAGUACCAUUAUGAGUUCAAAGGAUCUUACAAUUGCCGUACUUGCAAAGUCAAUUUUUCACAUUUAGGUCAACUAAUUAAGCAUAAGAUUAAGAACCAUAAGUCAUUUGCUCCUAGCAAUAGUUCGCGAUGUACUGAUGUGCAUCCUAAAGGAAAGUAUGUUUAUUAUGACAUUGAAAAAAGUCAGCGUUGUAGUAUUCUUCCCUUGCCAAUGCCAUAUUCUUGUAGAUUUUGCAAGAAGGCUUUUCAGUUUGAUAAGGAACUGCAAGAACACCUGAGCAGUAAACAUCCCUUUCGAAUGGUCUCUGGUCGUUACCCUUACAAGUGCAGUACUUGUGGUGCCUAUUGCGUGACAGAAAAGCACCUUAAAAAUCACAAAGCCACCUGUGCAUCUAAGAAACAUCAAAGGCCUAGGACAAUGUGCAAAAAGUGUGGUCUAGUAUUGAACUGCAGUUCACUUAAAAGGCACAUGAAGGUGCAUGAUAAGAGAGAAGCAGAACAUUCUUCUUUUUCACCUCAGGAAAAGCAUGCCAGUGCCAGUGAUUCUGUGGAUGUUAUUGAUGGCACUAGUUCUGCUGCUGAAUCUUUACAGACUUCAGCACCGGCAGAGACUCAAAAUGAUAAUGUGCACAGUGAGAUGUAUAAGUGUGGGCAUUGUGAUGCUAAGUAUCCUACCCUAGAUGAAGUUAGUAUUCACUCAAGAGCAUGUCAUACAAAUAAAGCUACUAUGGCUAUUACUGGUAUACGAAAGCAAUCAAGAAAAACACAGGAAUGCAAGAUGUGUCGUUUAUCUUUCUCAGACAUUUCCGAUUUUCGCAGUCACAUGCAAGAGAUUCAUGAUUAUAAGGAAUGCAUGUUUUGUCAGAGGGUGUUUUCUACCACUUAUACAAGAAAUAGGCACAUUAGAAAGUUUCACAGCGAGACCUUGGAAACUAAAAGCAGCACCAAAAUUGCCAGGAUUGAACCUGCUAGCUCAGACGAAGGGCAACCAGUUAGCAUUCCUGAUACUUCUGCUGAUGCUAGCUCUGAAUUAGAAAGUUCAUUGUCAACCAGUCAAUCUGGAAGUGAUGUUCAACCGUCCACUCAAAUGAUAAAUGAAGUGGCACCGGAACUUACCAACAAUUGUUUGGUUGAUGCUACCACAAAAACCUCUUCUGCUGAUAGGAGGGUUUUUGAAUGUGACCAGUGUGGCAAGGUGUACAAGUAUUACAUCUAUCUCGUCAAGCACUUUACAAAGCAUCACCCUCUCAAUUCUCUCUGUUGUGUUAUAAAUAAUAUUGUGUUAUACAUGACAGUGUUAUACAUGCACAUCUCAUUCAGGAUAGUGUUAUCCUUAUUAAUGUAUUUAUCCACAGUUUCAAUUAAUUAUAAGGGGCGUGUGUGCCAACCACGUGUACGUGUGCCAAUAAAUAAGAUGGCUUCAAGCAAAAGAGCAAGGGUUGAGGAGGAGCCUGCUCCUUCUACAACUAAAGUGAUCAAGAUUGAUCUGGCUGGGUUUGUAUCAAUGCCUAUUACUCUAAAAGAUAUUUCACAAUCAGGUAAAUUUGUUUUUAUAUGUGGAGUGUGUUCAGAGACAUUUCAUAAACGGUAUCUCCUCUUGUAUCACUUACGAUUACACCUCAAGCAGUUCCCGUACACAUGUUUGUUGUGUGGGUGUGGCUUUGAAAUGCUAAGCUCUCUGUCAUUCCACCAGACACGUAGCCACUCGUCUAAUAUACACUGUCGGCGUUGUGGACAGAGUUUUCCGGAUUUGAGUUCUCACAAAUGCAUCGAAAUAAAACCGUUUGUGUGUGAGGGGUGUGGAGAGGGAUUCUCGCGAUUUGAGUGUCUCGUCAGACACAGCGAGGAUUGUACCGAUUACUCCUUUUACUCAUCGCACCUCAGAGAAUAUCAGUAUCACUAUAAAGGUCAGUACUCGUGUCAUACUUGUUCUGUGGAGUUCUCACUUUUGUCUGAUUUAAUACGUCAUCGAAUGAGAGUGCAUAUCCAGUCAUCUGUUUCCGCUUCUUCAAAUUGUACAAAGUCUGUCAGCUCUCCAUCAUCCCUUAUGUCCCUUCAAAGUUUUUCAUCGCUUACAGAACCCCGAUCAUUUACUAAAAGACCUGUUAUUUGUUUAGAAAGAGUUCCGAUGCUUUUGAGGAGGAAAAAGCUAAAAGAGGAUUGUGACGUUAAGCAGAAGUAUCUAGGAAGAGAAGAGGCAAGCUCUAGAGGCUUGAAAAUAGCAGAGGAAAUUAUGAGUCAGGAUAAAGCACUAAGCGAGUGCUCUACGGAGGAAAAUGAUUUUGAAAUAUCAAAGUCUUACGGAGGUAGCAGCUCUAUAAAAGCAAACCUUAGGAGAAGAGUCACUGCUAACAGCAUCAGGGAAAGAAGGUAUAGCCAGAGGCUACAGAAGAAGGACGAUAAGUGCAAGUGCAGGUACUGCAAGUUCAUGCUGCCCAACCUUGUCGUCCAUAAAUCUACUAAACACACUAGGCGCAAGGCUCAUGUUGAUGAUCAAGAAUAUUGUAUAUAGUCCCUUCUUUAUCAAAUUAUUAGUUUAUGUCCUACAGGUGGGUGUGUGUAACAGAGACAAUUUUUCAUUUAAGUGUAGUGGGUUAUUUUUGUAAUCACUCAAAUCGUCAGUUUCUCAAAAAAAUUUUUUAC